AUGUCAUCGGAAGUUAAAAAGAAGGAAAGGUAAAACUUGCUUGUUUAAGUUGAAGAUUUUUUGCAUAAGCAAUAGUUUAAUGGUUAAAUAUUUUAAAAAAAGAAUGAGAUCGAAGAGGAAGUGGAUGUUUUUUUAAAUUUAUUGGGAAAUAUUAAUCCAUCUGAAACUCCUUAGAACAAGGCUUAAUUAAGUACAAUUAUUUCAUAAGGAUCAUAUGAUUCAACUUUACCAUCCUUUAGGGAAACAAAGCUUAAAUAUGUUGAUUAAUUUGUAUAAUAAAUGCUGAAGUUUUUAAGAGAUAUAAAGAAAGAGAUUUAAGGGAAUGAAUCAAUUAUUUAAUAGUUGAUAGAUUAGAUCUAUUAAUUUUAUCUAAAUUAGAUGAACGAUAUUGAUAAAUUAAUAUAAUAUACUUAUGAUGUUGGGAACAGGAAACCUAAUUUUGUUUAAUUUAAAGAUGAAUUAGAAUAAAAGGAAUUAAAACCAACAAUUUUAGAAUAAGAACUGGAAUCCUCACUUGUGCAAGCUCAUCAAUUAAAUGUAAUUAUUAAGUUUAUCAAGAGGAUUAAUUAAAUAAUUUGUUGAAGCAAAAGUCAUCUGAAAAUUAUUAUAAAGAUAAAUAGUGUAAGCAAGCAUUGUAAUCGAUAGCUAUGUUAGAGUCAUAAUUAAAUUAAUUUAAGGGUCAAUUUUAGAAAUUUAAUCAAAUGGUCAAAGUUAUAAAUGGUUAAUUGAGUGAUUGUGUAAAUGGACCAUCUUUAGAUAACAAUAAAACAAAAAUUGGAAGUAAUAAUAAAACUGCUUAUAAAACAAUUAAUUCUUAUCGUACACAUUUCACUAAUACAACCCCAAACAAAAAAGGAAAACUAGAAGAGAAUUAUCGGUCAAUAUCACAGAAUUCUUAUAGAUCAAGAAGAGAGGAAGUUGAUAAAGUUUAUAAAUAGUUAUUAAAAAAUUAUUUAUGA